GAAGGGGGUGGUGACAGGCGCAGGAAGAGAUCGGUCCAAACAAGUUCUCUUGCCUCAUUUCUCUUCUUUAUUUUCCACAAGCUAGGUUUUAGCCCUUGACUUCCUACCCCUCACCUGCACCCUGAGUCCCCAACUCCUAUCUCCGAACUCUGGACCCUUCCUAUUCCGGGGCAAUUCAUAUUCUGCAGGGGACAGCGAACAGGUCUUCCCACCCACUGCCCCAUGCCACCCAGGGGAGUUGCUCCUCGGAGAAGCCAGACGGGGAAUGAGAACACAGUGUCCCCCUGAGGGGGCUGGAUUGGACCCCCAAGCCCUCCUCCCGUGGCCCAGGCCCACUCCAGGGGACACCCACCUGGACAGUGCCCAUGAGAAGAGCAGAGGAAGGAAGAGCUCACCCCAGCUGGGCGCCUGAGCCAGGGCCCGGGCUCCUGUGAACCCGCCGCGAGCUCCAACUCUGCAUGCCUAAUCGGCUAUUUAAGGAGCUGUUCACCAGCGACCCAGGCAGCCCCCCCCACCCCACACCACCACGACAAACACUCGUCCAGAGCCACCUUAAAAGCAGGAGGCGAUUGUGAAGUCGCUGGCCAGCAAGUGGAGUGAAGACUGUAGAGGUAGAUGAAAAAAGAGAGAGAGGCAGCGAGAGAUUUGUCUUAGGGACCCAAAACCCUUCGGUACCCUACUGAAAACCAAAUCCUCUGGAAGCUCAUAGAGACAGCAAGAGAAAAAGAGAUAAAUACAAUCAGCUCAGGUCCAAGAAACUCCUCUCUCACUCUCUCUCUGUCCCUCCCUCCCUCUCCCUCUCCCUCCCUCUCUCUCUCUCCCUCUCCCCCCCACUCUUUCUCUGCCAACCCUAGUCCUCUAGUCCCCAAACUCCCAGUACCUGCUUCUUCUGGGGAUACCAUGUUGUUCUUCACUCUCCUGCUGGAGGUGAUUUGGAUCCUGGCUGCCGAAGGGGGUCAACACUGGACAUAUGAGGGCCCACAUGGUCAAGACCACUGGCCAGCCUCUUACCCUGAGUGUGGAAGCAAUGCCCAAUCCCCCAUCAAUAUCCAGACAGACAGUGUGACUUUUGACCCUGAGUUGCCCGCUCUGCAGCCCCAUGGAUAUGACCAGCCUAGCACUGAGCCUUUGGACCUGCACAACAAUGGCCACACAGUGCAACUCUCUCUGCCCCCUACCAUGUAUCUGGAGGGACUUCCUCGAAAAUAUGUAGCUGCCCAGCUCCACCUGCACUGGGGUGAGACAGGGUCCGUGGGCGGAUCAGAGCACCAGAUCAACAGUGAAGCCACAGCUGCGGAGCUCCACAUUGUACAUUAUGAUUCUGAUUCCUAUGACAGCUUGAGUGAGGCCGCUCCAAAGCCUCAGGGCCUGGCUGUCUUGGGCAUCCUCAUUGAGGUGGGUGAGACCAAGAAUCCAGUUUAUGAACACAUCCUGAGUCACUUGCAUGAAAUUAGGCAUAAAGAUCAGAAGACUUCAGUGCCUCCCUUCAACGUGGGAGAGCUGCUCCCCCCACAGCUGGACCAGUUCUUCCGCUACAAUGGCUCGCUCACCACACCCCCCUGCUACCAGAGUGUGCUCUGGACAGUCUUCCGUCGAAGGGCUCAGAUUUCGAUGGGACAGCUGGAAGAGCUUCAGGAGACGUUGUUCUCCACAGAAGAGGAGCCCUCUAAGCUCCUGGUACGGAACUACCGAGCCCCCCAGCCUCUCAAUCAGCGAACAGUCUUUGCUUCUUUCAUCCAAGCGAGAUCCUCGUAUACUACAGGUGAAAUGCUGAGUUUAGGAGUGGGGAUCUUGGUUGGCUGUCUUUGUCUUCUACUGGCUGUUUAUUUCAUCGCUAGGAAGAUUCGGAAGAAGAGGCUAGGAAACCGGAAAAGCGUGGUCUUCACCUCAGCACGAGCCACAGAGGCAUAGACUCCCUCACCGACAUCAUGGAUGCCUUCCCCUCAUGCCAAUCAGGGAGCUUCUAAACUGAGCUGCAGGGACUGGCCAGAAAAUACUGUAGGAGUAGUGGGCAGACACCCCUCCUUCCUCCAGACAGCCCCUACAGAGAGGCACGGACAGGCUCUUGUUCGUGGAAUAAGAGCAGAUAGCCUUCGACCUCUCAAAACCUAUAGAUCAGGACAACCCUAUGUUGACAAUGCAGACAGCAAACUGUGUUUAGUUGUAGGGGAAGUUGGGGAUGUAACCCCCAAAGUCCUCCACCCCCUUACCUUUAUGUCCUUUUCCCUAGAUAUAGGGCAGGACCUCCCCUUAGGAAAAAGACUUGUUGCUGUUGGGGUUAUAUUUUUUUGCUCAAUAUACCUGGAAAUUAAAGUUUCUAAUCCCA